CGGUUCGAUGGUGUAGUUGGUUAUCACUUCUGUCUAACAUUUGGAACUUGUCUCCGAGUUGUUCACAGGCGGUCCUCAGUUCGAACCUGGGUCGAAUCACUUUUGCCGUUCGCACCUUUGAAACUGUCCCAGCCUCGUGCUCAUUUCAAUCGACUGAUGACAUCACCUGGCCCUCCCUGUACUACCUGCAGUGCUGAUCUCCAUUCCCGAAUGAGAGACACGAAGUAAAAUCGCCUCGGUGGGACCCCGCCAAUGAGCACGAGAUGUUACUUCCACAAUGCUGAGUAUUAUUGUGGUAUAGAACACGAACUGAC